UCUGCCCUCAAAACUAGACAAUGCUGUGUUGUGGAGGUGCAGAAGAGGAAAAUGUCAGCGGGCCUCCUGCAAAUCAAUAUACUGCUCCUCCCAGAGCUGGUAAUCCUUACGGUGGCGGUGCAGGCGGAGGCAGUGAAAGAGGGGAGCCAAAGACUGGUGCAGUAAGAAGUGGAGCUCCUCAGAAAGCUUUACCUAUUGAGACACCAGUUUUGUCUUUGAGUGUGCUGAACAGGCUGACCGACAAUUUUGGAACGAAAGCUCUAAUUGGAGAAGGUUCUUAUGGCCGGGUUUUCUGUGCAAAACUGAAUAAUGGACAGCCAGCAGCAAUUAAAAAGCUGGAUACCAGCUCUUCACCAGAGCCAGACUCUGAUUUUGCAGCCCAGUUAUCAACAGUUUCAAGACUUAAAAAUGAGCACUUUGUUGGCUUAAUUGGUUAUUGCCUCGAAGGAAAUAACCGAAUCUUGGCAUACGAGUACGCAACAAUGGGUUCAUUACAUGACGUAUUACAUGGUAGGAAAGGUGUACAGGGGGCUGAACCCGGUCCAGUUCUUAACUGGAAUCAGAGAGUUAAGAUUGCCUAUGGGGCAGCCAAGGGCCUUGAAUAUCUACAUGAAAAGGUUCAACCAUCUAUUGUUCAUCGUGAUGUCAGAUCCAGCAAUGUGCUACUGUUUGAUGAUUUUAUGGCCAAAAUUGCUGAUUUCAACUUGGGAAAUCAGUCUUCUGAUACAGCAGCUCGGCUGCACUCAACAAGAGUCUUGGGUACAUUUGGCUACCAUGCUCCAGAAUAUGCCAUGACAGGGCAGAUCACUCAAAAAAGUGAUGUUUACAGUUUCGGAGUUGUUCUUCUAGAGCUUUUAACAGGAAGGAAGCCAGUAGACCACACUAUGCCGAAAGGACAGCAGAGUUUGGUUACAUGGGCAACUCCAAGAUUGAGUGAAGACAAGGUGAAGCAGUGUGUGGAUCCCAAGCUAAAUAAUGACUACCCGCCAAAGGCAAUUGCUAAGAUGGCAGCUGUUGCGGCUCUCUGUGUUCAGUACGAGGCCGAUUUUAGGCCAAAUAUGACAAUUGUUGUCAAGGCAUUGCAGCCACUUCUCAACUCAAAACCAGCAGCUCCAGAGUCUCAAGCAUAAAAGUUGCAACAUGAGAUUGACGCAAUCUUGCAAUUCUCUAUCUUCCCCUUUCUUUUUUAUGAAUGCCUAUGGCUACAAUGCUAGAGAGGCGGUCUUGCAGUCAGUAGUACUAUGAUCCGCUCAAUGCUAUCUUAAACGAACCUGUUGCUACAAUUUGAUGAAGAUGAGCAAUUGUAAUUUUUCUUGAAGCAACAGAGACUUUUAGAACUUAGUUGCUAUUUAUAGUACCUUAUUAUUGAUUAUACUAGAUUUGUCAUUGGAAUUUAAGGAUCAAACAGUCAAUUUCUGAC